UCGAGUGUAACACAAUGGGUUAAUAUCUUAAAUCCCGCUCUCCAAAAUGGAUGAACAAGAUAUAAUAUGGACCUUACCAUAAACUAUGAAAUACAAGUUUUACUAGUGACAUGAAAUAGUGCCGCAAAGAUGGAUGACAGCUCGCCAGAUUUGUCUCUCAAGCUGCGGCGAGGCUCGAGUGACUCGCGAGAGUCGUUCUACAUGGACUUCGCUCAGGGGAUCGACUCGGAUAUCGAGGAGGUGACGACGAUCGAGCGAGUGAUACCCGAGCACCCGGGAGGCAGGUCCGAGGGUGACGCGGACACCCUGGCCACGCCGUCCGGGCUUGAGGAGACCAAGGAGUUUCCGCCAUGUUGCUACUCGAUCCCUGCAAACAACAUGUCGGGAGGGUCUCACGUGUCGCGCACGACGUUCGAGUCCAGCCGCGAGUCCGAGCCGGGUCGCGGCUCGGCGCCGCCGCUGCCGAGCCCGGCGUCGGCGGGCGCUGCGCUGGUGUCGCCGGAGACGCUGAGCCGGCACAGCAGUCCGCCGCCUCUGCCACCUCACUCGCAGCCCGCGCCUUCUUGUUCAUCUCAUCGAGUCCAUAUGGAGUCGCCGCUGAAGUGUUCAACCCCCCCAUCGCUGUCCCUCGGAGGCUCGCUGUCUCUGCAGCCGGUGCUGUACCCCGCGGGCUCGGCGCAUGCCCCGCUGCCCCCCAUGCGCCACACCCGCCCCUCGCCCACCAUACCGCAUGUGCAUCUCAUAAGCGCAGGCGAUGCACUAGCCACCACCCUCUCAGCGCUGUAUGGCAAGCUUCUGGUCGUCAUGGGCGUCGCCUUCCCAAUGGCCGAAGUAAUCUCUACCUACAUUCCACCCUCCUUUUAUGAGGGCUUCUACUUGUACCUGUACAUCGGCAGCAUGGUGUUCCUGCUCUACAUGUACGCGGCGCUGCUCAGGGACCGCUCGAGGUCGGGCGCUGAUUCCCCUGUCGUUGGUAAAUCAGACUCAAGUUCGUCUCCCUCCGAGUCGGACUCGUGUUCUUCGCGUACGGACCGCAGCGCCGCCACCGCGCCGCACCCGCACUACCAGAUGCCGUCGAACGCUGCGAAGCGGCUGUCCCUCGGGUUCGCUCUCAGCACGAGAACUCACCACUACGGAAGCUUCUACCUCAGAAUGGGCGCUGUCGCGUUCGGCAUCGGCUCUAUGAUCUACUCCGGCCUGGAGUUUGGCCAGUAUUGGGAGCUGGAGAGAAACACCAACUGCCACAACGUGUUGCUGGCGCUCACGCCGGCCACUAGGAUGGCCUUCAUCUUCAUCCAGAUGUACUUCAUCUUUCUUAACAAUGAGAUGAAAGUGUACAAGCACAAGAUAGUGGCGAGAUUCGGGCUGAUGCACAUGGUUGGGACUAACCUCAGCGUGUGGCUGAACGUGCUCGUGCAGGAGACCAAGCACGAGAUCCUCACCUUCUAUGACCCGGAGAAUAAGACCAUAGGCUUAUCGCACAGACUGGCGUUUCAAAAAGCGUUUGUUACAUCAUUGGCAACCGAAGUACCUCCAUCGCACCCAGCGGCAGCUCAUCUACGGGUGCCUCGUGGCUUGAAGGGACCUCAUCACAUCUUCGAGUGUCGGCGGACUAAUAUCAUGGGCUCUUUAGUGCAAGACGCUUCGCCUUUCCUCUUUCCGUGCACUAUCGAAUAUUCCCUUAUAUGCGCUGCUAUUUUAUACGUCAUGUGGAAGAAUAUAUCUAAGUAUCCGUCUAAAGACGUCGCAGCUGCCAUCGCAAAAGCACGAUUGUUGGAAGGUCUCGCGUAUAAGAAAUCGCCACACUUGUAUAGCGUGGACUGCGCAAGAGCUCAUAAAGGCCUGUUCUUUGGGAUCUUGGUUUUAGUACUCACAAUUAUUUCUCUUAUAUUGUUCUUUGUUCUGAUUUCAAAGAAAGACUACGCAACAUUAGCUGUGGUGGAGGUUAACGUAUGUGAAUUAGCGUUAUAUGCCAUGACAACUUUCGCAAGUCUAGCAGGGAUGGUGUGCGUACGAAACCUCAAAUAUGAUGGGAACAGAAACCUGGAGCUGGAUAAUAUCCUGCUUGUCGGAGCGCAAACUGGCAUGUUUAUCUAUGGAACUUUUACAAUCAUCGGAGGUCAUUUUACUAUUGAAAAGAAUACCAUUUUAAUCUUGAUUACAGCCUUAUCGUCACUAGUGCAAACGACUUGCCAGACGAUGUUUAUCUUAGACGCGAGUCGUCGGUCAGCUAAAACACCGGAUCAGCUGCGGAAAAAACCCGGGAGAGAAAUCGUUACAUUCCUUCUUGUAACUAAUUUGGCUAUGUGGGCCAUAAAUACGCUUGAAAAGUCUAGGGCGGAGUCUCAUCCGGUGCAAUUGCACUUUUACGGGUUAUGGGCGUGGACGAUCAUCACCCACGUGUCUAUGCCGCUAGCCAUAUUCUACAGGUUCCAUUCUACAGUUUGUUUGUGCGAAAUUUGGAAGCGAGCAUACAAGAUGAAGCCAGCUUACAUGUAGCGUCGAGCCCUCUACUAAGUGAUCCUCGCUUACACAAUAAGCUAUCGCACUUUUUAAAGCGCAUACCUAUAUGUAAGUCGUUUGAAAAGAAGCGUAAUUAAAAUAGAUUGUGCCAUAGAUUUAACGUCAGUGGAUACCGGAUUAGCAUAGUUAGUUAUUUGCUGUUUGGACAGCAAACUAUCCUUAUAAUGCCAACCAAAGCUUUCAUCCAAUUUUAUAAUUGCUUAUUUCCGGUGUACACUAAAAGUUUAUUAAUUAUUACUAUACGUGUUAGUUUGAAGUUGACUGCUUUAAUGUUAAGUUAUUGUAUUUAAAUAUUUUAAUGUGUUAUUUAUUUGUAGCUUUAUUAGAUGCUUUAAAUAUCACUAACAGAUUCAUAUUGAUAUAAACAUUGAAACAAGUUUGAGAU